AUGGAAGCAAUAUUAGAUGCACAGGGGCUCUGGGAGAUGAUAGAGUCCGAGGAAGAUGUUGUCAUUGAUGUGAAGAAGAGCAAGACAGCACGUGCAUUUAUUUUUCAAGCGAUCCCCGAAGAAAUUCUAUUGCAAGUGGCAAAGAAGAAAACCGCAAAGGAGGUUUGGGAGUCGUUGAAAACACGUUAUGUGGGAGUCGAACGUGUGCAAAAGGCUCGCCUACAUACGUACAAAAGUGAGUUUGAAGCACUCCGUAUGCGAGACGGGGAAACUAUUGAUGAGUAUAGUGGAAGGUUGUCGGCUAUGAUAUCAAAGUAUAAACUUGUUGGUGAGGUUUUGGACGAUGAGGAGUUGGUGCGAAAAUUGUUCGAUACGGUGUCUAAUAAAUUCAUUCCUAUGGUGGCUGGUGCGGAACAAUUUAUUAAAAUGGAGGAGGUCACUUUCGAUGAAGUGAUAGGAAGAUUGAAGGCAUAUGAAGACCGUUUGAAGCUUCGACAGGGGAUUGGUACAUCUGAUUCAGCCUUGUUGUUCACCAAAACAGAUGAUAAAAAUGGUGACAAAGCAUACAACAAGCCUGGUGGGUCUCAUGGUUGA